UAUGCUGUUUUGUUUUAUUUUUUUGUCAUUCUACUAUAUAUUAAUGUAUCAUUGUCACGGUUGUGCAGUCUUGUAAGUUCUACAAGAAAAAUCUAAGGUUGAGUCGAGUACAGUGAGCUUUUACUUUGAAUAACACGACAAAUCCGGAAAUCAGCUCAUCUCCGUGGAUUGCAUUGACGCUUUGCUGUGAUCGACUUUAUUGACUUGCAGAACAAGCUAAUCGAACUCAGAAUGAUUCAUGUGCAUUUAAAAAACAGCGCGAGUUUUUAUUGUUUGUUUGUCUUUGAUUUUAUGCCGUUUGAGGCAAGAAUGUGUUAAAAUAAUAAUAGUAAAAAUCACCGAAUCCAAUUCUUGUGACAGCUAUGUCUACAAAGAAACUGGCGAAAAAAUUGGGAUUAUUGAGGCAACGAAGUCAGUCAUCCUCCGAAUCAAAGGAAUCUUUGUUAUCAAAUCAAACAUUUUCUUACUUAAUUGUGAUUGACUUUGAGUCCACUUGUUGGCGAGAAAAAAACAACUACAGUCAGGAAAUUAUUGAAUUUCCUGCUGUUCUACUCAACACCUCCACAGGGGAGGUCGAGUCUGAGUUUCACACUUAUGUCCAACCACAGGAACACCCAGUUCUGUCUGAGUUCUGCACUGAGCUGACCGGGAUUACACAGAUGCAAGUUGAAGCAGGGAUACCCCUUCAGAUCUGCCUCUCACGGUUUAGCCGCUGGCUGCAAAACCUACAGCUUGAAAGGGGUGUGGCGUUUCCCAACAAACAGCCAACAUGUUCAGCUGCUUUACCUUCCCAAAGACUGUGUACUUUUCUCACAUGGUCAGACUGGGAUCUUGGAGUUUGUUUGCAGUAUGAGUGUAAACGAAAACAGCUUCAUAAACCCGAUGUUCUCAACAACUGGAUAGACCUGAGGAGCACAUACAGGCUCUUUUACAACAGGAAACCAAAAGGACUUAACGGGGCACUUCAGGAUUUAGGAAUACAGUUUUCUGGGAGAGAACAUUCUGGCCUGGAUGAUGCCCGAAAUACAGCUCAGCUGGCAGCAAGAAUGAUGAGAGAUGGAUGUGUAAUGAAGAUCACUCGGAGCCUAGAGAGGACCCCACCAAUGGUUAAAUCCAUGUUUAGAAAAACCGGGUAUCCUGCAGAAAACACGAAAGAAAAACUGAAAAUCAAUAAAAAGGAAAAUGUUCCCACUUCCAGCAAACCCUUAUUUAAAAUUCCUCUUAAAGUUUGUUUAAAACACCCGAGUCCCGAGGUUAUCACAAGGAAUUCAAUCAUGGAGGAUAAAUCGCUUUCAGUUAAAAAAUCCGUUCAAAUGUGCCAAAGCCUGGUUUCACCGAAGACGCUGCUCAGUGGGACGACAGCACCGCUUUGUGGACACAGCAGCAGGUCAGUUCCAGCACAGGCUGCUGCGAACCUUUCAUCCUCACUUAUGAUAAACUGUACCCCAUCACACAGAAGCAGCAGUCAUGUUCUGUGCUCCACUGCUGUCAGCUGUGUUUUAAAUCUGCCUCAACCCAACCAGGCCUUCAAAACAGGACUUGAGGAUGCAGAACUUGUUGUGGAAACAGAGAGGUGUGGUUCUUAUGAUGAUGUCAUCUUGGAAGGUGACAAUGUUUUAAAUGUCAUGGACAGAGACCGUGAUGCUGAGUACGUAUCGGAUUUUGACAGUGGAUCUUAUGAGUGGGAAGAGCCGCAUACUUUACAUUCACAAGAGGGUCGUGUUAUAUUGGAGGACAACAUAAAAACGGAGAGGACUGGACACAACUCUGAAAUGCACAGUACUACCAGCAGUUCAUUAAUAACCUGUAAAUCUGUGAAGACACCAAAUGCCCAUUUUACUGUCUCUAAUCACACAAAGGAAGUGAUUCAGCCUUCAUCAAACUGGCAGUCAGAUACAUAUUUUGCUGUGCCUGAACCUGUUAAGCGGAGCAAGUCUAAUCAGUGCAAAGCAAGUAUUAAAACCUCUCCACAGUUUCAGCCACAGUUGCACAGGCUGCAUCAGAAUGAUAAAACAUGUUCUCUUUCUCCUUUCAAGUCUAAGCUUUUUGUGCCAGAAAAUACUUCUACCCCAAAUACCUCCUCUUCCAGACCCAAACCAAACAUCACAAACCACACAAAGUCUCUUAAAUCAUCUUUUACCAUCUACUCUGAGCCAACAAAUCACACUGCAGGGUCUUCCAAUCCUUCAUUUAGUUCUCUGCGCACCCCCAACAAUGUUCUCUCCUCUUUGUCAACCAACAAACCCUCUUCUGCCAAUCGUUGCUGCGUUUCUCUGACAGCUAAAGGACCACCAAAGAUUACCUCCCCUCUUUGUGCAUGCGGUCGCCGUGCAAAGCGACAGGUUGUGUCAAACGGUGGGCCAAACCACGGACGGGGGUUUUAUUGCUGUGCAGUCCGCCGCUCAGGAGACAGAGGCAGGAUGGAGAAAGGGUGUGAUUUUUUUAAGUGGGAGUCGGCUCUGAUGAGGAGCAGUUCAGUCACUGCUCCUGCUGUUAGAUCCUCCGUGUCACUCUGUCACAUUAACUCCACUCUCCAUCACUUUCCAACCCACCGAGUGCCACUGAGAAAAAGCUAUUGACUAUUUAAAGAUGUUGUAUCAUACUUCUGUAAAUGUGAAUUUCAGACACAAAAGGCUUACAGUGUGCUGGGUCUCUGGCGUGCAGAGUUAAAAAGGAAAGAAUUUAAUAACUUGAUGUGUGCGCCAAUGCGGAUUUUUGUCACGUUGGGUUCAUUUACCAAUGGUAUGAGAGGAACGCUGCUUUGCUCUCAAACACAUUACUAACCAAUCAGAAGCUGAGCAGAUCCUUAGAAAAGGUAAAGUUUAGAU